GGUUCCAUCUUAGACCGUCCGGUGGAGUGAAACAAACCAAACUUUCUCUUCUCCUCCGCUGCCUCUGCCACUUCCACUUUCCUCCUCAGUAUCGUCUCUUUCCUUCUCAUCUCUCUACUUUUUGACUUUCCCGGGAAAGCUCGGGAAAAUUCAGAUGGUGAGAAUUACGAGAAUGCCACUGGCCGUCAGCUCCGUCGCACCUCUGGAUUUCGGACUCCUGCUCUCGGGCUGGUGGGAUGAGAUUAACGAGUCUACUCAGUGGCAGGACGGCAUCUUCUACGCUCUCUGUGCCGCUUAUGCCCUAGUCUCCUCCGUUGCUCUGAUACAAUUAAUAAGGAUAGAGUUGAGAGUGCCCGAAUAUGGUUGGACAACACAGAAGGUUUUUCAUCUUAUGAACUUCAUUGUUAAUGGAGUGCGUGCAAUGGUGUUCGGAUUUCACAGACAAGUAUUUCAAUUGCAUCCUAAGGUACUGAUGUAUGUAUUAUUGGAUCUUCCUGGUCUUUUAUUUUUCACGACGUACACACUACUUGUCCUGUUCUGGGCUGAGAUUUAUCAUCAGGCAAGGAGCUUACCGGCAGACAAGCUCAGAACUUUUUAUAUGGCAAUCAAUGGUGCGAUUUACUUCAUACAGGUUUGCAUCUGGAUAUACCUCUGGAUAAAUGACAACAGCGUUGUGGUAGUCAUUGGACAAGUAUUUAUUGCAGUGGUUUCAUUUGUUGCUGCACUUGGGUUCUUGUUCUAUGGAGGAAGAUUAUUUUUCAUGCUAAGACGCUUCCCCAUAGAAUCAAAAGGGAGAAGGAAGAAGCUUCAUGAGGUUGGAUCUGUUACAGCAAUUUGUUUCAGCUGCUUCCUUAUAAGAUGCUUUGUUGUUGUUUUAUCAGCUUUUGAUAAAGAUGCAUCACUUGAUGUUUUGGAUCAUCCAGUUUUGAACUUGAUCUACUACAUGCUAGUUGAGAUCCUCCCUUCGGCUCUAGUCCUGUACAUUCUGCGUAAGUUGCCCCCGAAGAGAAUAUCUGCCCAAUAUCACCCAAUUCGUUAGCCAUGAUGCUUCUUUGUUCAUGGGGCCAUUUUUCCUCCUUAGAGAAUGCCUGUUCACGUUUCAAGCGUUAGAUGCCAUUGUAGUUGAGCAAGAGAACGAGAGCCAGAAAGAUUCCAGACAUUGUUCUGGAUGGCUCAUUGUGCAGGCAAAUUUUUUUUGCACGUACAUGUAGAUUACUUAGCCUUUUGUAGUGUGGUAAAUGGGAGAUUAUUUAAUUGAUUUCUCCAUCAGCUGACAUUGAAGAUUUAGUUGUUGGAUACUUUGUGCAAUUAUUUGGUUGACAAUUGGUGUAGGAAAAUUUUUUCUGUAACUUCAUAUGAUCCAAAUAUUUUUCCAAGGCAAAGCAAAAUUCUGCGCCGGCCUUCAUAAUUCAUUUAUU